AUGCCAUACCUAACUCCCACCCAGCCUAUUAACACCUCAUCCAUCACACCCGUCAAUGUCCGCAUCACUGCCGAUAAAACCCUCACUCAUUAUAUCGUUAUUUACACCUCCCCCCCGCACGGUGCCCCCCAGGAUCUCCAUGAUCUUGUCAACAACAAUCUCAUUGACGAGCGCUCCGACACCUCUGCUCAGCUGCAUCUCCAGUACCCGAGCCAUCCCAUCACUCCGCUCUUCACCGUUGACUUCUAUUCCCGCGGUCAACGCUACCAUCUCGUCUCCUCACGUGGAAUUGUCCGAUGGUACACCGAGCAGCACAGGCCCAGCAGCGACACCGACGGUAGCAACAGCAGUAUCAGUGGCACCAGGAGGCACGAGUUCUUCGCCAGUAGCGUCCAGAGCGUUAGGUGGUGCGUCUGGAACCUUCUCGUCUAUCUCCAGAGGGCCCAUUUAUGUCUGCCGAUGGCCGGCGGCCUCGAGAAGGACAAAUGGUGGGUUGUCAAUAUUGGUUUGACCUGGGGCAAAGGCCCUCAUGACCCAGACACCAGGUUCGUGACCUUGUGGGUCAGGGAGGAUACUAGGCUGGCUAGGGUGUUUGAGGUCGUGGCUUGCCACGAAGUUGAGGGGUGGUUCUGCCUGUCUCAGGUGGUUUGGGAAGGCCAGGAAGGGAGACCAAAGAGUUGGUACUAUGAUGAUGCGGUGGAGUGUGGUGUGAUGAUGAAGGACUGUGGGUGGAAAGGUGAAGGGGUCGUCUGGUUGAAGACUCAGGUUAUCUGA